UUUCUCUCUCUUGACAAGAACUUUAGGGGUUAUUCUUAUUUGGGGUUUCCGCCGGCGAAGAUAGACAAAGAGAUAGAGUUAUAGAGAUAUAGAGAGAGAGAUUGAUUGCAAUGGAGACCUCAAUCAGAUACAGUAGAGAUUCCAGAGUUCUCAAGUUACACGCGAAAGAAAAACUUCCAAUUGAUUCCAACACCCACUUGCAGGUCCGCGGAGAGCUAGAUACAAAAUUUGGAGCCCCAACUUAUGUAGAUGCAAUGCUAAGACAUUUUAAUCCAAAUUUAGCAGUAAACCUUGGUGUGGGAUUACAGUAUACCAAAAUUGAUAAACUCCGUUACACUGUGAGAGGAAAGAAGGCGUUUCCAGUUUCGGUUGAUGGGUUAGUGAAGUUUAAUGUCAAAGGGCAGUGUAAUGUUGACAAUGAGUUUAAAGAGAGGAAAGCAAAAGGAGCUGCGGAAUUUUCCUUGACCAUUCUGAAUUUCAAAAAAGAUCAAGAUGUGAGGCUUAAAGUUGGAUAUGAACUCAUCAAAAAGCUUGCAUACAUGCAGAUAAGGGAAAACAAUUGGACUCUGAAUGUUGAUGCUAAAGGCGCAUGGAAUAUCAGAUAUGACCUGUGAAAAGAGAGAUUCAAAUGUUAAUGAUAUUUCCAUGUAUUUUUUCGUAGAUUUAAAACAAUUUAUGUAGUAUGACUGCGAAGACUACUACUAGAUGAAGCCGCUACAGUUUGUCAUAUUACAUGUGAUAGUUUAUUUAAAAGGUUGCCAAUUGAAUUGAGUUGUAGAUCAAAAGAGCAUAUACCAAAGCUUUAUGCUGCUUCUGCUCCAUUACAUUUCCUUGAUUUUAGUUGUUUGUGCUAA